AUGGGGCGUGAUUCGGCUUUGUUUAGGCACCUAUCUCAGGUGGAUUUCGAGGAAAUCCGGCUGAAAGAACUCACCGAGGCAUCGGUGGCAGAGAGCCUGCGCCUUCCAACAACCGGCCAGGAUGCAACGGCGGACAUUGAGCUCAAAACCUUUGAGGCGGCUUGCCAGAUUCUAUCGGCAACUAAAGAGCCGAUCAAAGUAUCUGACAGCAAAUCAACGUUGAAGCCGGAGUGGCCGAAAGAAGAAAGCCGACAAAAAGCGGCCCCGGCCAAAGCAAAGGCUGAAAGCAAAGGAAAAGAGAAAGUAACUUUCUCAGAACCGCCGCAGCAGACGGAGGAUGAAGAGUCGGCUUCCCGCUCUGAAAGAACCGAUACAGAGAAGACCGAGGACGAAAGAUCGGUCAAUGAAGACGAGCAUUCGGCCCAGAGCCCCAAUGAUGCCGGACCUAACACCAACCCUGAGAUCACCGAAGGUGGUGAAGAGGAUGAUGAAGAGGAUGGUGAAGAAGCCGGUGAUGAAGGCAGCGACAAAGAUAAGGAGGAGGCCGAAGAAGCAGAGGCCGAUAGGGUAACUCUAAAACUCCUAAAGAUCGCCAAAGAGCGGGCCGAGUCAAUUGAGGAGUUAUACCUGGAAUGGCAAGAGCACCGGUUCGGCACACCGUAUAGGGAAAUCCUACCGGGCCACACAGACUUGGAAUGA